AUGGCGGUGGGCGCCAACUGGCGAGUCUGCCAUACAAAGUGGGCCACCCAGAUUCGCCCCCUAACCGGGCAGGAAGGGGACUUGGGCGUUUUCACGGACCGGUCCACCACCUCGCCGGCGCCCCCCUCGCCAUCGCCCCGCGACCCCCGCGACCCCCGCGACCCCCGCGACCCCCCGACGUCCCCCUGGGGUCCUCGUCGCCGGCCCCAGCGCCAACUGGCGAGUGUCCGGGGCGCCCCUCCCACGGCCCCGGGGCCAACCGCUGCCGACGGCGACAUCACCGCCGCGGCCCGGCUGUCUGGGAGCCGAUGGGGGCCGCGGCCGGACCGGAGGGGUCCCCCGAUGGGUGAUGCAUGUAUGUAUGUAUAUAUUUCCCGGUCCACCCGACACCACCCACCCGAACCCCUUUCCCCGGCACCAUGGCAACGUCCCCGGCGCACCCCAGGCCCCUCCCUCGCCGUCUCCUCCCUCCCUCAUGGUCCGGGAGCCCCAAGCCCGAGCCCCGAUACCCGCCAACUGGUCAAUCCUGGAGCCCCGACCCCGAGCCCCGCCAACUGGCGAGUCCUGGAGCCCCGAGCCCCGAGCCCCUCCACGGGCCCCGCCCCAUCGAGCCCUGCCAACUGGCAAGUUCUGGAGCCCCGACCCCCAGUCGCCCCGAGUCCCGCCAACUGGCCAGUUCCUCCCCCGGCCUGGGAACCUAGCCGGGUCCCGGCUGACGCACAGCUACCCUCGCCGACCCGGGGACCCAUGGACCCGCGCCAACUGGCGAGUACCCGACCCCGCCAACUGGCCAGGCCGAGUGAUUGGAGUCCUCUUCCGCAGUUUCACCUCGGUCCUCCUUCGCAGGUUCCACCUCUGGACUCCUCCACCGACCACCAGGGGUCCACGGAGCCCCGUCAACUGGCCAGCACCGCGGCCCCGAGCCCGAGCCCCGGCCGCAGGCGCAGCCUGGCCCUGGCCCCGACCCCCGCGGCGGCCCCUCACCGCCCGCGGCCAACUGUGGACUUUGUCCUGGCCGCCCGCGCGCCUGCCCAAGCCAUCGUCGCCAACUGGCGGGUCACGCGCCCCGGAAGGUAAGGGUCACGGCCGGGAAACCCGGCCGCCUCCCCCCUCCAAGCGCCCGGCGCUG